AUGGAUAAUAUGACACAUUUUACAACCUUCACUCUGAUGGAACCACACAAUGCUAAAUCAUACACAGGUAUAUUUAUUUCACCCUGCUUUUUUGUUCCUCUAUGUUAUGAUUCUGUUUUUGAACAUUUGGCUCAGUGUAGUCAUUGUUUUUGGAAAAAAGCCCUUCAUGAACCAAUGUACAUUUUUCUGUGUAAUCUGUGUGUAAAUGAUAUUUAUGGAACAACAGCAUUUUAUCCUAAAUUCUUACAUGAUUUAAUAUUUAAUUCAUAUGUAAUUCCAUCUUACAUGUGUGCAUUCCAGGCUUUUGUUGUUUAUACUUACGUUAUGUGUGAAUAUACUACAUUAGCAGUGAUGGCUUAUGACAGACAUGUGGCCAUAUGUCAACCUUUAGACUAUCACUCAAAAAUGAACAAGUUUUCAUGCAGCAUUUUACUUGGCUUAUGUUGGGUUAUACCAUUUCUUAUUAUGUUCAUUGCAGUUUUCUUAUCAAACAGGUUGGUACCAUGCAGAAAUCAUAUUGAUAAACUGUUUUGUGACAACUGGUCAAUAGUGAAACUUUCAUGUGAGUCAACUGUGAUCAAUAACAUUUAUGGAUUUAUUUUUAUUUCACUGUAUUUUAGCCUUGUGAUUGUAAUUAUGAUGUCCUAUAUAAAACUUAUCAUUGCAUGUAAAGCAUCAUUAGAAUGCAGAAGGAAAUUUUGGCAGACAUGUGUUCCUCAUGUAAUUUCAUUGAUAAAUCUCACUAUAGCGAUACUUUUUGAUAACAUCUAUAACAGAUAUGGAUCAAGUGAUUUCCCUGUUAAUUUGCGUAUGUUUCUGGCUUUAGAGAUGAUUGUAGUGCCACCUCUUUUCAAUCCUGUAAUCUAUGGCAUAAAACUAUCAGAAGUUCGCAAAAGAGUCCUAAAAUUAUGCAUGAAUUGUACCAAAGAUGACAAAGACUUUAUGUAAAGAUACAAGUCAAGGAAGAUAUAUAUCAAGCUACAAUCACGUUUUUAGCUUCUCAUUAUGCUGAAAAGCCAU